CUCGCUCUGGCCCGAGUCGCGCCCCCGCGCCGAGUCCGCGCGUCAGUCGGUCCUGAGCGCGGCUGCGGGGCGACGGGCUGCAGACGAGCGGGGCGCGCGUCCCGGGGGAGGCGACGGUGUCGCGGGAGGAGCAUCGGAGCCCAGAGACUCGCAGGACGCUAUGGCCCCCAUUGGCCUCAAGGCGGUGGUCGGAGAGAAGAUCAUGCAUGAUGUGAUCAAGAAGGUUAAGAAGAAGGGGGAGUGGAAGGUGCUGGUGGUGGACCAGUUAAGCAUGAGGAUGCUGUCCUCCUGCUGCAAGAUGACAGACAUCAUGACCGAGGGGAUCACAAUUGUGGAGGACAUCAACAAGCGCAGAGAGCCGCUCCCCAGCCUGGAGGCUGUGUACCUCAUCACCCCGUCCGAGAAGUCUGUCCACUCUCUCAUCAGUGACUUUAAGGACCCGCCAACUGCUAAAUAUCGGGCUGCGCAUGUGUUCUUCACGGACUCAUGUCCAGAUGCCCUGUUUAACGAGCUGGUAAAAUCCCGAGCAGCCAAAGUCAUCAAGACGCUGACGGAAAUCAACAUUGCAUUUCUCCCCUAUGAGUCCCAGGUGUAUUCCCUGGACUCCGCUGACUCCUUCCAAAGCUUCUACAGCCCUCACAAGGCUCAGAUGAAGAAUCCGAUACUGGAACGCCUGGCAGAGCAGAUUGCGACCCUGUGUGCCACCCUGAAGGAGUACCCAGCUGUGCGGUAUCGGGGGGAAUACAAGGACAAUGCCUUGCUGGCUCAGCUGAUCCAGGACAAGCUGGACGCUUAUAAGGCUGAUGACCCAACAAUGGGGGAGGGUCCUGACAAGGCACGGUCCCAGCUCCUGAUCCUGGAUCGUGGCUUUGACCCCAGCUCCCCUGUGCUUCAUGAAUUGACUUUUCAGGCCAUGAGUUAUGACCUGCUACCUAUUGAAAAUGACGUUUACAAGUAUGAGACCAGCGGCAUUGGAGAGGCUCGAGUGAAGGAGGUGCUCCUGGAUGAGGACGAUGACCUGUGGAUCGCGCUACGCCAUAAGCACAUUGCGGAGGUGUCCCAGGAAGUCACCCGGUCUCUGAAGGACUUUUCCUCUAGCAAGAGGAUGAAUACUGGAGAGAAGACCACCAUGCGGGACCUGUCCCAGAUGCUGAAGAAAAUGCCCCAGUACCAGAAGGAGCUCAGCAAGUAUUCGACUCACCUGCACCUUGCGGAAGACUGCAUGAAGCACUACCAAGGCACAGUGGACAAGCUCUGCCGUGUGGAGCAGGACCUGGCGAUGGGCACAGAUGCUGAGGGGGAGAAAAUCAAGGACCCGAUGAGAGCCAUUGUCCCCAUCCUGCUGGAUGCGAACGUCAGCACUUAUGACAAAAUCCGCAUCAUCCUUCUCUACAUCUUCCUGAAGAAUGGUAUCACUGAGGAAAACCUAAACAAACUCAUCCAGCAUGCCCAGAUCCCUCCAGAGGACAGUGAGAUCAUCACCAACAUGGCUCACCUCGGCGUGCCCAUCGUCACAGAUUCCACACUACGCCGCAGAAGCAAGCCGGAGCGGAAGGAGCGCAUCAGUGAGCAGACCUACCAGCUCUCACGAUGGACCCCAAUCAUUAAGGACAUUAUGGAGGACACUAUUGAAGACAAACUGGAUACAAAACACUACCCGUAUAUCUCCACCCGCUCCUCUGCUUCCUUUAGCACCACUGCUGUCAGCGCCCGCUAUGGACACUGGCACAAGAAUAAGGCUCCCGGAGAGUACCGCAGUGGGCCCCGUCUCAUUAUAUUCAUCCUCGGGGGCGUGAGCCUGAACGAGAUGCGUUGUGCUUACGAAGUGACCCAGGCCAACGGCAAGUGGGAAGUGCUGAUAGGAUCCACGCACAUUCUCACCCCACAGAAACUGCUGGAUACGCUGAAGAAGCUGACUAAAACAGAUGAAGAAAUAAGCAGUUAAAAAAUAAGCCGCCCCUCCAAAACCCUGGCUCCCUUCCCACAAUGCUCUGCAGCUCCCCAGCGCGACACCUUGGUUACUCUGCUGCCUCCCCAUCCCUGCACGCCCUGGCCACCCCGUUGCCGCGCUGAGUUCUUCUCCUGUGCGAUGACACCCCAUUUGUCCUCUGAAAAGCAAGAGAGUAAUGUGCUGUUUUUUUAAAAAUGAGUAUCUUCUGUACGUAUCCCACUAUAAGUUCACGCGCAAGCGCCGCACUGCAGAAGCGUCAGAACUCUGAACUGAGUGGAAUCCCUCGUAUUUAUGAUCCUGUGACCUGUAUAUAGCCCCGUGCCACGUGCGCACAUUGCUUGAGUAUGGAAAAGGUAGACGUGUGGAUGUUUCUCAAAGCUUGUUUGGGCUCAUUUCUGUUCAUGUCGGGAAUCAUGAGGUGUCUGCCCCCCGAUAUUCCAAGCUGAGGAAGUGAUCUAUUUUUCUCUCCAGUCCCUGCUCACUGCCUGUUCUCCUGCAGAGAGUCUAGGAAAUGGCAGUGAGCAGACACCCCUGAAGGCCAGCAUGGAACGGGCUCUUUGCCUGGUGUUGCAGCUGUGGGGGGGGGGGUCCCACAUGAAGCCAGUCUGGGUGCCAGCCAGUGUUGUCUCCAGAGCCUGACACUGCUUGCCCUGACCUGUGUCCACAGUGCUGUAACAUAAAUCCUCCAGCCUAAACCAGCAUGCCUAACACCCUCAGGUCUUCAAGGGAAGAGUUAGGCACAGCCAGCUCCUUCCUUCCCAAGGCUUCACUUGAACAGAGUCAGCCUGGAUGGAGGUCAAGGGUCAGGAGUGAACGGGAAGAUGUGGGUUUGACAUUCCGGUCAAAGGGUGCUUUGCUCUAGAAGGUAGGCCUGAGGAAUGGGGUCCCUGCUGCUCAGAGUACCCUCAGUUUAAGAUACUUCAUCAAUCUUAGUUUUGUGUAAUGUACAGUCAUGUGUCAUUGUGGUUGUAGGAAAACAAUGAUCAUUUUAUUCUUUGUAUUAAAAAUUGUCGCUGUAUAAAACAUAGCUAGCUAUCAAGCAGAAAUUCCAGAAGCAGAUGCUGAAAGGAUGGCCUCCAUCCUCAGGACGCAGCAGCUCCCUGAGCAUGGCACUCACUCUGCUGCUGGAGUCGUGAAACAUAAAGACAGUGGAAGUCACAAAAAAUGUCCCCAGCCCAGCCCCCGGCCCUCCCUCCCACAGACUUGUGUGUAUUACUGUGUCUCGUGCUGUCUUCGCAAGCGUGGUAUAUGCCUUCCUCUACUGCAGGUGACCUGUGCCCUCCUCUCUUCCUGGCUGUAGAGUCUUAGUUCUCAGAUCCCGCCCCUUGCCCUUCUCCCGUUAGGACUGAAUCCUAGUAGCCCUGGUUGAUUUCUGUAAUGGUUUCUUUCGUCCUUUCCCUCUGGUCAAGCAAUGCUCAUGCUUCAGGACCUUGUUUGUCGAACAUGUGGGGUUUCCUUUAUGUUAUUUAUAUAAAUAAUUUCUCAAACGGAUAUUUAAAAGAAAAAAAAAAACAUCUAGUCUGUCUUGAAACUUGUUAAGUUGAAACUCUUGAAUCUCAGUGUUUGAAGAAUGGAAGCACAACCAUGUACCGCUCUGUACCGUCCUGUACUGCAGCAUUUGAGUCUAAUAAAGACAUCAGCGCUCA